AUGAUGGCUCGUUGCUCCUUUCUGGUCCUAGCUCUGCUCCUUACUUCCCUGGCUCAGCUAUCACAGAGUACUGAGCUCCAGACCACACAUGUCAAGAGGGGUCUUACACACUCCUCAGUGGGUGCUGGUAAUACUCUGCAGGAGCUGGGAGCGCAACAUGGCAACCAUCGUAGAAGGCAAGGACCACGCAACAGCAAGGCUAGUGCUGGCCUGCUGUCUUCCAGACCUCAGCAGCCAGUGUCAGGACCUGAGGAUGAUUCACUGGGCCUGGAGGGUCUGAGCCCAGUAAGGUUAGAGUUCGGCCCAGGGGACAGGGACAGGGAAGGGGGCCGUGGCGGGCUCAGAAGUCCCUCUCAUAUGCGUGAGAACUACUCUCCUGGAGGAGAGUUUCUGCGUAAAGGCAGGGGACAUGGGCAUGGGCACCAGUCUGAGCACAGGAGACACGGAGGCCGCAGGGAUAAGGUCCGGUCCAAAGGGUUUCUAUCUGAACCAGAGUUGGGGUCUUUAUCAAAGGAUCUAUUUGAGGAGCAUUCCCCCACCUCCACACCCAGUUUCAGUCCUGCCCCACCUACUGAAUCCCCCUCCCCCAACCCUCAGAUCCUGGUUACCACGGCAAUGAGUGAGCAUCCCCCAACACUGCAUUCGGCCUCCACCAAACCCCAGAAAUCGGGUCGAGGGAGGAUUCAAGGGGAAGUACUGCCCACUCUGGACAUGACUCUGUUUGACUGGACAGACUAUGAAGACAUGAAACCAGUGGACACUUGGCCAUCGUCAAAGAAGAAAGACAAACGGAGGAGUAAGAACAUGAGCAGUGGAAAUUCCACCGCUGAGGGAGACGGCUCUGAACCAUGCGACCAUCACCUUGACUGUCUACCCGGUUCCUGCUGUGACCUCAGACAGCAUGAGUGCAAGCCCCACAACCGUGGCCUAAACAACAAAUGCUAUGACGACUGCAUGUGUGAAGAAGGGCUCCGCUGUUAUGCUAAAUUUCACCGUAAGCGGCGCGUGACUCGACGGCGUGGGCGCUGUGUGGAGCCCGAGUCAGUCAGCAGUGACCAGGGAGCCUUCAUCACCGUCUGA